AGAUAGUGAUAUGAGUGUAGUGGCGCGGUCUCAUGGUUUUCUUAUAUUCCUUAUAAAUAUUAAUGCGUUAGUUGACUAAUCUUAUGUUACGAAAAUGGAAGCCAUGGAAGGAGAUAAUUUUGACUACGAGAAUGAAUUAGGUCCAGUACCUGUGAGUGAGCUUCAGAAGCAAGUAGAUGUUGCAAAGAUUGUUGACAGAGCUUUUGAACAUGUCAGGCACAGCCAAGCAGCAGAAGAAGUAGCAGAUAUCAUAGCUGGUACAGAGGGUCUCCAUCCUUUAGAUGGAGUUGCUUCAAUUCAGGACCCUUUAGCUUCAGAGAUUCCGGCAGGCAACUUUAGGGCAUUGCACACUUCCAGUGGAGUUGGGUCUGAUGGAACUGGAUCUCGGAGUAUAAACCUUCACUACUCAGGCACAGCAAGCAACGAGGUUCAAAAUUUUGCCGGAAAUGGUGAAAAUGUUGAUGAACUUUUAAAAGCCUCACCAUCCCUGGAAACAUUGCACAAGCUGAACGCAACACUUCAGAAACGGUUUGAAGAGAAAGUAGUCCAACUAGAGAGGAUAUUACAGACCAACCUUGCUAGACAGGCACAACUAAAAGAUGAAAUCUCACAAGACAGAGUAAACACUGACCAGGAGAAGAAGGGAGAUGCAAAGGAAAAAGCACCUUUCCGAGUUUCAAAUUUUUGCGUUCCAUAUUUCAAAAAUCGUAGCGGGAUGAAUGCUCCUAAGAAUGAAGAUGCUAAGUUCAAGCUUGACAAUGGCUGCCUGGACCUUUACACAACACGUGCACGCCAGUGGAAGGCAAGGGAAAAGGAGGCCUUGAAAGAGAGUGUGCACAAGGAGUGGAAGCAGCAGCUCAUAGGCACAAAGGAAUUGAAGCUGAGGGAUCUCCAGAGAAAGCUGAGGAAUAUUGACACUAACAGUGAAGAAACAUUACUGGAAGAGAUGAUAGAGGACCUUGCGAAGCAAAUUCAGGAUUUAAGAUCGACACCUGCAGAAUCUCUAACACCUCCCCCACAUGAAAAAAUGGAUUGGGAGAAAAUAGCAGCUCAGGCAUUUGAUGGACAUCGAACUUCUGAUGAGUGCUGCUUGCAGUGGGAGAACCUUCUUCAUCCUACCAUAAAUACUUCAGACUGGAAUCCUAAAGAAGAUAUGGCCAUUCAGGAACUGGUGACAUCAAGCAAGCAUGACAUUCCAGACUGGAACAAAAUUGCAUCAAAAUUAAAUACAAACCGCACAGGAUAUCUGGUGAUGCAACGGUGGGUGUCAUUUAUUGCUCCUGCUCUAAACCCUGCCAAGUGGACACCAGAAUCACUCAAAAUUUAAAUUGAC